AUGGCCGACCUGAAACCCCCCUUCACCGCGGAAACCGCACAGAAGAAAGUGAAGAUGGCUCAGGACAUGUGGAACACGCAGGACCCGCCACGAGUAUCUCAGGGCUACACUCCGACCUGCAUCUGGCGGAACCGUACCUCGUUCUUGUCCGGCACCGAGGCCAUCAUUGCUUUCCUCACAGCCAAGUGGAAGCGCGAGCGUAACUACCGUCUGCGCAAGGAGCUCUUUGCCUUCAGCGACGAUCGCAUCGCCGUGCAAUUCUGGUACGAGUACCAGGAUGCCGAGGAUGGGAUGAAGUGGAAGCGAUGCUACGGACUGGAGGACUGGACCUUUGACCGCGCCACGGGCAAGAUGCGCAAGCGCAUGAUGAGUGGCAAUGAUUUGGUGCUUGGACCGGAUGGCAAUGGCGAGGGCCGCUGGUUUGUGGAUGGCGUCGACGUGAACACGGUCGCGAUUGGCGAGGAGCAUUGGUGA